UAUAGAUGUAAAUCUGCGGGGGGACAUGUCAUCUGUUAUAAUGGAGUACACAAUCGGCACAUGGUCAGUGGACCAUUCAUAUUCGGCAACUUAGCUUUGUAUUUGGCAUUGAAGCAAUAUUUUUAUCGAAGGUAAACGUGAUUUUAUGAAAUGAUUUGCGUCGUUUGCCGAAUUACUAUAUGUAAUAGGCCUACGAGGAUGCGUGCAAGUUUAUUACCCACAAUUGCACUCUUAUUCAAGUCCGUCUGACACACCCCAAGGAUAGAAGACGCGUCCUUGGAAGGCUACAGAAUGGAAGGCAGGAGCCUCUCUUCAAACUCUUAAGUGGUUGUAUGAACAAAUAAACCGAACAACGUCAAAGACCAUUGGAAAAAACACAAUGGAAUUGUCCGAGGUUCGGUGCUCGAGUGCCAGCGAGGAACUGUACACCAUUAACAAAACUCCAACCAGCAACAGCAGUACGAGACCCAAAAGACUGCUCUGGCAAAACGCCGUGAGACAUAUAACCGAACAGCGCUUCAUUCACGAGCAAAGUAGCGCGAAAUCCACCACUCCCGAAGAGUCCUACGGCCAAAGCUUACGGAAACAAUCGGCUGGCAGGACCUCAGUGAGUGACAGACACAACAACGGGGGAACCAAAGUAUUCCCCGAAAGGGCCAGCAGCGAUUUGGGUUUUCUCCAAAUUGACUGCGCCCCAAGCAAUUCCGAUUUUUUUCUGAACUGGGGCUACACGUACAGGGGUGUCAUUUUCCCCACCUUGAGAAAUUCCUUUAAAUCAAGGGACCUCGAACGUCUUUAUCAACGCUAUUUUCUGGGUCAGAGACGCAAAUCGGUAGUCGUAAUGAACAUACUGGACGUGGUGACGAAGCUCACCCUUUUGGUUCUACACUUGACUCUGGCUUCAGCUCCGAUGGACCCUAUAAAAGGCAUGCUAUUGGGUUUCUUCACUGGUAUCGAGGUAGUGAUCUGUGCCUUAGUGGUGGUUAGGAAAGACACGACCUCUCACAGCUAUUUGCAAUACAGCGGCGUGGUGACUUGGGUGGCCAUGGCCACGCAGAUUUUGGCAGCUGGUCUGGGCUAUGGGCUUCUUGGAGACGGGAUCGGAUACGUACUUUUCACCCUCUUUGCCACUUACAGUAUGCUUCCUUUACCGCUUACAUGGGCUAUUCUGGCAGGAUUGGUCACGUCGGCUCUUCACAUUGUUGUACAACUGAUUAUCCCCCAAAACGCACAAAUAUCUACAAAUCAGUUGGUGGCCCAGGCGGUGUUGUUCAUGUGCAUGAACAUAGCAGGCAUGUUCAUCAGCUACCUGUCAGAUAGGGCCCAGCGGCAGGCCUUCCUGGAGACCAGGAGGUGCAUCGAGGCCAGACUCCGGCUGGAGACGGAGAACCAGAGACAGGAAAGGCUGGUACUGUCCGUUUUACCUCGGUUUGUGGUGCUGGAAAUGAUUAAUGACAUGACGAACGUGGAAGACGAACACCUCCAGCACCAGUUCCAUAAGAUCUACAUCCACCGCUAUGAGAAUGUCAGCAUUCUUUUUGCAGACGUGAAGGGUUUCACCAAUCUCUCCACAACCUUGUCCGCACAAGAACUGGUGAGAAUGCUCAACGAGCUGUUCGCCCGCUUUGACCGCCUUGCACAUGAGCACCACUGCUUGAGAAUUAAGAUCCUGGGCGACUGCUACUACUGCGUGUCCGGGUUGCCGGAGCCUCGGCAGGACCAUGCGCACUGCUGUGUGGAGAUGGGACUGAGCAUGAUCAAAACCAUCAGGUAUGUGAGGUCUCGCACGAAGCACGACAUCGACAUGAGGAUUGGGAUCCAUUCUGGCUCUGUGCUCUGUGGUGUGCUGGGGCUGAGGAAGUGGCAGUUUGACGUCUGGUCGUGGGACGUGGACAUCGCCAAUAAGCUGGAGUCAGGUGGAAUUCCAGGGAGGAUCCACAUCUCCAAAGCGGCCCUCGACUGCCUCAAUGGGGACUACGAGGUAGAGGAGGGUCACGGGAAGGAGCGCAACGACUUCCUGCGCCGGCACAAUAUUGAGACCUAUCUGAUCAAGCAGCCAGACGAGAGCCUGCUCUCCCUGCCUGAGGACAUCAUGAAGGAGUCUGUGAGCUCUGCCGACCGGCGUAGCAGCAGUGCCACCUUCACCGAGGGCUCCUGGAGCCCCGAGUUACCCUUCGACAACAUUGUGGGCAAGCAGAACUACUCCCAAAUGCGGGAUGAGGUCUUCAAGUCCAACUUGGUCUGUGCAUUCAUAGUUCUUAUAUUCAUCACGACCAUCCAGAGCUUGCUGCCCUCCGCCAGGAUGGUAACCAUGGUGAUCCAGUUCUCCAUACUGAUCAUGCUACACUCAGCCCUGGUCCUGGUCACCACCGCUGAGGACUACAAGUGUUUGCCCCUGGUCCUGCGCAAGGCCUGCUGCUGGAUCAAUGAGACCUACGUGGCCAGGAAUGUCAUCAUCUUCGUCUCCAUCCUCAUCAACUUCCUCGCUGCCAUGAUCAACAUCCUGUGGUGCGAUUUUGACAAGUCUACAACCAUCAGGAACCAGACGUACAACUCAUCUUCCUCAAUACCUGACAUCUGUUUCUACCCUGAGUACUUUGUCUUCACCGGCGUAUUGGCCAUGGUGACCUGCGCUGUGUUCCUGCGCCUGAACUCGGUUCUGAAACUGGCAAUUCUGCUCAUCAUGAUCGCCAUUUACUCCCUGCUCACUGAGGCAUUCUACACAUCGCUUUUUGUGCGCUACGACACCUUCCACCACAACGGAGACAAAAAUUUCCUGGGGACCAAGGAGACUUCUCUUCUUUUGAUGGCAAUGUUUCUACUAGCUGUGUUUUACCAUGGGCAGCAGCUGGAGUACACGGCACGGCUGGACUUCCUGUGGCGCGUGCAGGCCAAGGAGGAGAUCAACGAGAUGAAAGAGCUGAGGGAACACAACGAGAACAUGCUGCGGAACAUCCUCCCCAGCCACGUCGCCCGACACUUCCUGGAGAAAGACCGCGACAACGAGGAGCUCUACUCCCAAUCCUACGACACUGUGGGAGUGAUGUUCGCCUCCAUCCCCGGAUUCGCCGACUUCUACUCCCAAACGGAGAUGAACAACCAGGGCGUGGAAUGCCUGCGUCUCCUGAAUGAGAUCAUCGCUGACUUUGAUGAGCUGCUUGGUGAAGACCGGUUUCAGGACAUUGAGAAGAUAAAAACUAUAGGCAGUACAUACAUGGCAGUGUCAGGGCUGUCACCCGAGAAACAGCAAUGUGAGGACAAGUGGGGCCACUUGUGUGCCCUGGCUGACUUCGCCAUCGCCCUGAAUGAGAGCAUCCAGGAGAUCAACAAGCAUUCCUUCAACAACUUUGAGCUGCGUAUCGGUAUCGCGCACGGUUCCGUCGUCGCCGGGGUGAUCGGCGCCAAGAAGCCGCAGUACGACAUCUGGGGCAAGACGGUGAACCUGGCGAGCCGCAUGGACAGCACGGGCGUCAGCGGCAAGAUCCAAGUGCCUGAGGAGACGUACCUCAUCCUGAAGGAGCGCGGCUUCGCCUUCGAGUACCGCGGCGAGAUCUACGUCAAGGGCAUCAGCGAGCAGGAGGGCAAGAUCCGCACGCACUUCCUGCUGGGUCGGGUGCAGCCCAACCCGCUGACCCUGCAGCCUCGGAGGCUGACGGGCCAGUACUCGCUGGCUGCCGUGGUGCUGGGCCUGGUGCAGUCGCUCAACCGGCAGAAGCAGAAGCAGAUCCUCAACGAGAACAACAACUCGGGCAUCAUGAAGGGACACUACAACCGCAGGACGCUGCUGGCCGCCGCGGGGCCCGAGGCGUCCGCCCACGCGCACGCCCACGCGCACGGCCACGCCCACGGCCACCCCGAGGCCGCCGACAAGGCGGAGCUGCCCUGA